UAUUCGACAUGCCGAUUUCGGACAGCCAGAAGCAAGGGCUGCGGGAGUUACUUGUAAAUGAUAAGAACUUAGCCGUCCUGCUACAACUGGCAAAAGCUGCCACCAAAAAUGUUUGCAAAACCGAAGACCCAGAGGAGGCCCUUCGUCUGAUUACUGCACACAUUCCUGACAUUUACGUACUGCUUUCCAAGCGCGCCAUAACGAAGGAGCUCCUUUUUACGUAUUUAAGCAGUCGGCGCGCGGACGCAGCCACAGACUUCAGCAAGGCAGACCUCAUAGCCAAGGUUAUUCAGUAUUGGAAGCAGGAGCAUCAACCAAGCACAGAGCUUUCCGGAGACCAGAAUUCCAGCUUGCUUCACAAAAAAAACGAAGAGGAUUACCCCAUUCACACAAUUGCGCGAAAGUUCGGCGAGUGGUUCUUCGAGCGCCUCAACGCAGACACCUUCAGUCUCGUGGAUUUGUGGGCCGAUGCGGCGCUACAUCUCACAAUCAUAGCCAGUGAUGGAAUCAAUGAGUGGGAGUGCGAAACGGCUGCCGAGGUGCUAUCGACUCUAACCAGCGCAAAGCAGCAGUUCGACUUUUAUUUUAAUCCGAACCUGACGCACGCCGGUAUUCAGGGUCGAAUGGAUUCCUAUGGGCAGUUCGUAGUGAUCUGCUGCGGCACUCUGCACUCCAGUGAUAGCUGCGUCGGAAUCUUUGAAUGUGCAUUUGGACUGCUGCGGGACCCGUUUGCCGACAACAACUGGAAACCCAAAAAAGUCAAGUGCUUUCUUAAAAGUGAAGUUCAGCCUCCAGAGCUGCACUAUCUGAGCUUGAGCGAAACUCUGCAGACAGCUCUAGAGCUGCCAGUACCCACUGAUGACUUCAACUAACGAACUGUUAUGUAUUAGCGCUUCCACAAGUAUAAUUUUAAAAGUUAGGUACCUUACUUACUUGGACAGAAUUGUAGUCGAUCAAUUAGCUAUAGGAAUGUUAUAAGUAAUAUACUCACGGAUUA